UAUUCCGACGAAAAGGAAACACGUUUGGAGGAUGUUGAAGAUAUAUUUCUUUCGCUUCCUAAGACAACAAAUGGUAGAAAAUAAAUAAGUAUUUGGUGGAAUCUAGUUUGAAAUACAGCUAUGGACGUGGACAACGAUUUGGACGGACAGCUGCUCCAGCAGUUUAGUUCUAUGGGGACCACGGACCGAGAUGUACUCAUUGCAGAGUUUCAAAAACUCUUGGGAAACAAACUCAAUCCGUCAUCUUGUGCAUUUUUUCUUGAUAUGAAUAACUGGAACCUACAAGAAGCUAUUGGUUCCUAUUAUGACUUUGAACAGCCCCCUGUCAACUUGCCAUCAAUGAGCUUUAUCAAAGAUGUCACUAUAGGAGAAGGGGAAUCCAUACCACCAAACAACAAGUUCAUCAAAACAUGGAGGGUACAAAACGGAGGUACAGAAGCAUGGCCCCCUGGCUGCAGCUUGAAGUUCUGCAGUGGGGACAACCUCAGUACCACGGAUCGUGCAAUGGUGGAGACACUACAGCCAGGCCAGAUGACCGACAUCAGUAUUGAGAUGACCAGUCCGGCUCAGAAGGGGACAUACCAUGGGCAGUGGAGGAUGCACACGCCCACUGGGGUUGGGUUUGGAGAAGUGAUAUGGGUGAUAAUCAACGUGGAUGAAGGAGGCCUGCUGGGGGUAACUCAACAACUCUCACGCUUCGGAGGGGAGUUCCAUAAGAGUCCCACCAACGUGGUGGCAGCCAACCCCUUCGGUUCUCCAGAGAAGAUAGGCCACCAGGAUGGUAUUGACUCCCCCAGUCGAGAGAUGCACUCCCCGAGCCAUCAGCCACACUGUGAAGGACCCUCACAUCCGGCCCUACCCAUGCCCUGGCCUGGCUUCUCUGUAGGACUGUCACAGCCCCCCCAGGAGACGCCCGGCAUGAUGCAGCAGCUUACAGACCAUUCCCAGGAUGAAGAGAUGUCAUAGCGAAACGUGAACUCCAGCGUCGUGCGUACGAGUGUUUUUGAAUGAAGCGUGACUGAGUGGAGGUGAGCUAAGCUCAUGUGAUGACAGAGCUUGUUACAUAUAACCUGCCGGGGACAGCGGAACCUGGGUAUGAUGCAUAUCCCUUCAAAGGAGGAACACUUUGCUCACUGACUACAGAUGGAAAUCUUGUAAUCUAGAGACUAAUGAUGAAAGCCUUGUAUAGUUUUGUAGAAAAUUACAAAUUAUGUAAAAUUUGUUGGAAAUUAAUUUAUGGAUUAGA